GACUUUAACACUUUCAUGUAACAGAUGAGGAAACUGGGACCCCUGGGAGUGAAGUGACUUGGGCACAAAAGGCAUAAGUAUCCAAGUGGGACAUGAACCCACAGACUUAUAGACCCAAAGCUUUUCUCACUGCACCCAAUGCUACUCCAUAGCCCAUGAAGAAAGGGAGGACAGGAAGGAUCUUUAGUAGUGGGAAGGCAUACCCUGAGACCCUCUUACCUAGCCUGGGGGGGAGCCCUGCCCCUAGUACAGCCUUUACCACUCCUGAAAAGACCCUCCCCCACCUCCACCACCAUGAGGGGGCUCAGGAGACUUCUCUUUGGAGCAAGCUGUAUCUUCUCAAGCUGGUAUCUCUAAGAGCUCAGGCUUCCCCCAGGAUGCUCCCUGCACCCCCUACCCCCACUGUAAACAGGCCAUUCCAGGGCAGGAGAGAGACCUCAUCAGUCCCUUCCCUAACUUAGCACUUCAUCAGCUCCCCCCAUGACUCAGGAGAGUCCCACCUUGCGGCCGAGAGAAAUCCCAGCCACUGGAAAUCCUCCAGGGUCUAAUGAAGAAGAAGGAGGCGGGGUUAGACUGACUCUACUUAAGAGGGGUCUCCAGAAGGGGCUCGGAAAGAGAAAGGAAAGACGAACCUCAGCUGCUGUGAAGUGGCUGCAUCAGAGGGAGAGAGCUAUGAAGGAAGCAGCCCUCCCUCUCUCCCUCUACCUUCUUUUCCUCACCCACCGAAGCCACCUCUUCCUCCUCCUUUACUUCCUCCUCCAAGGCCAGGGUGCUUGGGAAGCCCUCCCCUUCUACCUGUCCUCCUCAGGGGUGCCCAGGGAAGGAGAGAACCCUCUGCGAGUCGAGCCGAAGCGGCCGGUGGUCCAAGCCGGAGGUUCCAUUCAGCUCCGAUGCUCUCUGGCGUGCCCUCAGAAGGAGGCCGUGGUGCAGUGGAAGGGGCUGGACACCAGCCUGGGUCACGUCUCCUCAGGGCCAGGCCUCAGCAUCCUGACCAUCCCCAAGGCCACGCUCUCUAUGGCCGGGGUCAAGGUGUGUGCCAGCACAUGCCAAGGCAGCACCUACCAGAACACUGUGGAGCUGCUCGUAUACGCCUUUCCUGACAAAGUGGAAGUGUCCCCAAGCACCCUAGUCCCUGGGCAAGGGGCCACACUGGUCUGCUCAGCCCGAGAGGUCUUCCCUUAUGAGAGUCUGACCUUCACCUGGUACCGGGGCGAUGAGAAGCUGGAGGGACUGCAGUCCUUGGACGGGGAUGUGGGGCUGGAGCAGGAAGCAGAGAGCAGGGAGGAGCUGGAGGUGUACUGGGUCACCGAACGCUGGGCCCUGCCGGCAGAGCUGGUGACGCCGGGACCCGAGCUCCGCUGCGUGGUGGAGAUGAAGCUGGAGCGGCAGGUUUUCACCCAUAGCCAGGCCAUCACUGUCAUUUCCAGGAUGCUGUCCCCAGAACCAAGCACACCUCUGCCACCACAGACCACCGUGGGGCUGGCUCUGCUCUCCUCAGAGGCGUCUACAGUGACGGGUUACAGUUCCAGCAUCCCUGACACCACAGUUUCCUCCCUCUCUUUGGACCCUGGGUCUUCACUAUCCCCUACCUCAAAACCCAGCUCUGGCUCACCUUGCCUCCCCAAAAUAUUCCCGUCCCGGGUGCCGGGGAUCAAUGGAGGGACCCUGGAGCUAACAUGCCAGGCAGACUGUGACCCUGGAGCAUCUGUGCACUGGAUUCAGGCCCCAGGCAGGCUGGAAGACUACCAGAGACAGGAGGCUGGGGCCCAAGCCACCCUAAUCCUGCUGCAUCCCGGGCCCUGGAACAGGGGGUCGUACAUGUGCCAACUCGAACCUGGGGGCCAGAAGGAGAGUUAUUACCUGGACAAGCCCGUCUUGCCUGACGUGGACAACCCGGACAACUCAGCAGCCCUAUGGACAGGUGGCUGCAUUCUGGGGUUCAUCCUUGUGACCUCUGUGUCUUACCGCCUGUGGAAAUGGCUCAGGGCUCAGGACUCUGCUGGUACCCAAAACUUUGGGGCCCAGCUUUGAAAGCACCUGGUCGAAUACAAGGCUCUCGAUCUUGCCAGCUUCCAAGGCUGCAGAGUGAGAUUCCUGGUCCCUGCGAGGCCAGUGUAAGAAGUGGAGAGGCUAUCCCCCAUCCUGAACCCCAGCCAUGAGGCCAGCCUGUGCCUCCCCUGGGUCUGUAGACUGGACAAAGGGAGCCUGCCUGCCAGCCAGAGGACCCUGGAAGCUGGCUCCACCAGCCUCCCCACAGCUAUAUGGAAGGGGGUGGGCAAGGGUUGCAGGCAGGUGUGCUCUCUGGUGGGCUGCACUGGGCUCACUCACAUCAGCUGGCUCUUCUCUCAGGUGGGGAUGGGGGUGGGGGAGCUAUACUGGUCACCCAAAGGAUCUGACCAAUAAAGAGCUAGUCUGUCUGUGGA